AUGUCCACGUAUUCAGCAGUACCUGCCGACAAUCCAGACGAGCAAUGUGAUAGUGGUCCACCAUCUUAUGAAGCAUCCCAGGCGGAAUAUGAGUCGAAUAGGUUGUUAGAGUCCACACACGACGGCGGCGGAAGCGAAGAGACGACAAAUGACGAGAACAGGAUAAACGAGAGAACAGACAACGAUAAUACUAAUAUUACUGAUACAUCAGAUACGACGACACAUAAUACAAACACAUUCACUACUACCGUAAAUCCACCUCAUAUACCAACAUUUACACCUCUAAUCGUUGUUGACGCUCCUUCUGACUCUUCCAUGGAACAUGCCGAACAUGAGGACCCCCUUAAUAAGACAACGGCUAAGUGGAAUAGAAACAUGGUUAUUGGAUAUUAUGUGACAUGGUUUGCAAUUAAUGCGUAUUUGUUUAUUGCUAUGCUUAUGGCAAUUGGGUAUGUGGGAAACGAGAUGACACCGGAAAUCAUCAAUAGUCAAUCCUAUAUGCAAGAUGCUUUCUAUCUAGAGUGUCUGUUUAGGAUUCUUCCUUUGCUUGUAGUUAAAAAGUACGAUCCCAUGCGCUUUACUCUGCCCAAAAUCACCGGAAUUGUAUUAGGCAAAGAAGAUUUCUAUUUCAUUCUCUGUCCAUAUCUUUCAGAUCCAAGCUUGAUUUAUGGCUUCCAUCUCUGUCAGACAUAUUACGCAGUAUAUACAAUGAUCCUUGGAUUACCAGUGUGGAUAUAUAGCGCAUAUAGCGUAACUGCGAUAGACGACAUGGCUUUUAAAGUACUUAUUUAUGUGGGAAGUGGUGCCAGUUCGGCGUGCUUAUUAAGAUACAUAGUAGUAAUGUGGUUAAUGUAUUCCAAAAAGAAUCUUGCGACAAUUAGUGGACGAAUACGUGCUGCGUUCGAGAGAUAA